UCCCCAUUCGUACGCGGUGUUAACAACACGCUGUCGCCUGUUGCUCUUCACUUUACUUUACACUAGUCAGCAUGGUUGAAGAACUGACGCCCGUCUAUUUUGCCGUUGGCCCCAAUGCUCGGGAAGUUACCUGUCCGUAUUGCAAGGUGCUGGCGAAGACUCGGCUGGUGCGUUCCUGGCCGCACUUAUGCACUAAACGUCAUCACUGCGGCGCUUGCGGCGAAUAUCUGGGUGUCUACAGGCGACCCCAGCUAUAAGCAACUUAAAGCCCUUUUAAUUUUUAUAUAGUAAAA